UAUGCAGGAAAAAAACCUGCCAGUCGGGACCGGUCUGUUUUCAGGUCUCUUUUUGAUAGCACUGGGCUUCAAUAUUUCAGAAUCUCUAUAUACUUAGUUAGGAAUAACUUCUAUCUAUAGGCAGGUUUCUUCUGCUAUAAAAAUGGAAAAUACGGUUUGAAAGAAUUCUAUAAGAGGGUGUUGGGUUUUUUUUGUUUUUUGUUUGGAAAGGCAACUCUAUUGCUCUAUCUAGCAAUAAAAGCAAGAUGCAUAUAUUUUUUAUUUUUUUAUUGCUUAGUUUAGCAAUAGAUGACAAUUUCAUACAUUGAUAUGUCUAUAUUCCAGGAAAAAUAAUUCCUUUUCUUCAAUAAAACAGCUUUGAUUGCAUGAGCACGAUAAGAAAAACGAAUCAACUAAGUUUCAGCCUAAUGUGUUCUGCAAAGCCAACCUGUGUAUCGGAUUUGUUGUUCAUAUUAUGUAAAACCCAGAAAAUUGAGUUAAUUCCAUAAACCAUACAUCAGUUAAUCAAGAAGGCCAUGUGAACACAGCCACUGAAACAUUUUCCGGCAUCAUAUUUACAGUCAAAAUACCCCACAUGUAUUUAUUCUCAUUUCAUUUCCACCGUAAGGGUAUUUUAAUUUCCCAUUUUUCUGCUAACAGUACUCUUGUCAAAACAAAAUUUGCUUUAAUAUAAAUAUGUGAAUUCAGGCAGAGAUAGGGAGGGGGGAAAAGUACUGCUUUAUUACUUUUCAUCAUUUCGCCAUUUUGUUUGAAGAUCGAUAGCCCUCCGCUUGAUCGUACAAUUUUCAUAAAAUUGAAAAUGAAAAACACUCCCGGUUGGAUUAUAGCAAGAUUGCUGAGCUCAGCUUUGUAUUCUGUGUUUGACUGCAACGCGCUGUUGUUACCUCUUUCAAAUAUCUUAACUGGAUCGCAAGAGGAGUAAAUCACACCGGAGACAGUGCUCUAGAUGGAGCUGUGGGCUGCAGUUCCCACGUAUGUCUUUUCUCUCAGCCAUGCCGAGUUGUUGGUCCUCAGUUCCUUUCCUUGCUGAAGGCAGCAGGGAAACAUCAAGAGCUGUGCCCGGGUCGGGAAGAUAAUGGGGAAGAGUUGCAAAGUGGUAGUAUGUGGGCAAGCAUCAGUUGGGAAGACUUCAAUCCUGGAACAGCUUCUGUAUGGGAAUCAUAUUGUUGGGUCAGAAAUGAUUGAAACCCAGGAAGACAUUUAUGUGGGUUCCAUUGAAACAGACCGGAAUAUGCGUGAACAGGUGCGUUUCUAUGACACCCGAGGCUUGAGGGAUGGAGCUUCCCCAUGCUUGGAGUUGCCCAAGCAUUGCUUCUCUUGCACGGAUGGAUUUGUACUGGUUUACAGUAUUGACAGCAAAGAGUCUUUCAAGAGACUGGAGAUUCUCAAGAAGGAAAUAGACAAAAACAAGGAUAAGAAGGAGAUACCACUCUGUCUUUGUGGUGAGAACUGGGAUGGUUCUUUUGACAGGACUAUUGAUCUCCUGGGAGAACAAAUACACCUAUGAAAUGAUUUCCUGAUUGAUGCCAUCUUGAGAUCAUCUGGAUUACUACCUAGUUCCUAGAUCCCUUUCAGAGAAACAGAAGAUCAAUAUAUCUGUGUCAAAUAGUCUCCUCCAAUUGCAGCUCCACCUAUUGUUGUGUCUUACUGUAUUAUUUUUCAUCCCUAAAACACAAGAUAAAGUGUGAAAUCCAACCUAUAGACAUGACAUGUGUAUUUUGAUGACUUCAAAAUUGUUAAGGUGGGAUAUCCCUGCUAUAAAAGGAAGAGUAUCUGUGAUGAUGAUUCUUGCUCUUAGCAAGAAGCUAGAAUAAGUAGUAGAAUAGAAAAAUGAUCUUACAUAAGCUAGUUCUUUCAUCAUGCAAAAAUUGGCUUGUAGGAUUCUUAGUCUGAUGUUAGAACCUGCAAUCUAAAUAAUGUAUCCUGAUUUCCAGAGCUUAUCAAUGUACUCUUAUCACUCUUCUCUAGAAUAAUAUCCUCCAGUUGAAUUCAUUUUCACCUUCCAUAAUUCUUAGCCAGCAAGGCCAUAAUAUCUAAAAAAAAAUAUGGGAAAUGAAGUUCAAUACAACAGAAAAUGCCAGGUUGGGGAAACUAUACAAAUUAUAACAGUCACAUGACAAGGUUUCAUUAUUCUCUUUUAUUAUGGGGAGAGGGGAACUGUAUUUCAGAGGUCAGGUGCUAUAACAGGGUUAGUGGCUAUUUCAAAAUUUAAAAAGUGAAGAAAUUACAACAAAUGUCAAUCUUAUCCCCACCAAUUGCUUUGUUAGAUCACUACCACAGCCACCAGUAAAAAUGUGGCUCUAACAAUCAAGACAUUGCCUAUCUUUGAACGAAUGCAACUGCACUCAAAAGGUCUACUUCAAUCCCAUUAGCAUUGGAUUAUGCCAAUGGGAUUGCUUCCUUCUAACUGCAGUUUCUUUUAUUGUUCCCCACCUAUAGAUAGAACUCUUGCCAAACUGAAAUAGACUACAUACUCCAUUAAAUGUAUAUUUUGAGAACUCCUAGUGGAGCUGUGUUAACUCUCUCCCUUCCAGACAAACUAUCUAAACUUCACUAUCUUUUGCUCCUCUGGAAUGCCCUCCCUCCCUCCUUCCUGUGAAUCCGGACUAUAUUUCAUCAUAGGUUUACUCUCUUGUUUAUGCAGUCCCAAUGUUUUUGUUAUACUGAUUCCCAUAUAUCAUAUUAAACAUAUGGUUGGAUCUCCUGCUAUGUCUAUCAGGAUUCCUUAAUUGUUUAUUCUCUUCCUCUUAUAAAUCCAAUCCAUUCUUUCUUCCUGGUUUACUUUUAACAAAGUCUUUAUCUUCCAGGGAGACUAUGCAGCUGGCACUAACUUGUCAAUGCCUCUUCCUCAUAUCUGUUUACUUUCAGUCAAGCUGCCAAGACGUAUGCCAUCCAGCAUUAACGUAACUAAGGUAUCAAAUCCAGGAUGGGAUAUGCAGUUAAAGAGCAAACUUGAUUUUGCUGGCUUCUAUUUUCUAAGGGUCAAAAGCCUACAAGGAACACCUAAAAGGGAAAUAAAAUUUAGCAUUAAUUUAAAAAAACCCAUGGGGAUUGUCAUGGCUUAUAUAUCCCCAUAGUAUGUCCCAACAACAGUUUUUUAUCUUCUCCUAAGUAACAGCUGUUUUGACUGUUUCCUAACAAUAAAGAUAAAACCAUUGAAACUCAAAAGUAGCAUGCACUGGGAGGUACAAAGUAUCUCUGUCAGCAUUAACAAAGAAAUAGGCAUUUCUCUAUAAGAAGAAUGAUCUACAUUUUAUGAUGCAAUAACUCAACACAUUUUUAAAAAAAUAAUCACACAUACAUCUUUCUUCCUCAAUUUAAUAACAAACAUAUUUUUCAUUAUUUUGAACUGUGGAUCAUUUUGGCAAGACCACAAGGUUUAGUCCUAGUUCCUUAGUAGGUAAGAUGAUGUUGCAUUACCAUAAGAGAUGGGCAAACACUAGUCCAUUCUGUAUAAUAUACAAUAUGUUAGCAAUACAGACAAAAUAAACACCUACUUGAUACGUUUGAAAGAUUAAUCAAUCUGACGAGCAAAAGCUUUCAAAAGGAAAGUUCCAAGGUUCAGUGUAUUGCAUUGAACUACUGUCAGUACUGAUUUCUAUUAAGAACUGUGUGCCUUUGGCAAUUUAGAAUAACAAACAAGUACUGGUACAUAUUGUCAUUAGUGAUUUCUGCUUUGAACGAACCCCUCCCUUCAUCUCUUCCUUCCUCUCUCUCUCCCUUCACACAAAAAUCUAUGUACCGUAUUUGCAAGUUACUUUGAACAAUAUUUGUCAACUUAAGGCAAAUUGGGGGUUUGCCAACAGAAGUUUAGGCCACAGCAAGAUGUUUGACUAGGUACAUUUUUUCCAAACUUCUUUGAAGGAAAACUUGAAUAAAUUUUGCAACCCUGGGAGCUUGACUGCUGGAAUAUUUUCUUGUUUCUGUUUAGUUAACAUUUAACUCAAAACAAGGUUAACCUUUGUUAUUUUUUAAGCGGUCCUGUACUUCCUAGCUUGUCCUCUUUUCUCCCCUCUCUCUUCAAAUCAAUUUUUUGUCAGUGAUAUUCCAAAAGAGCAGCUGUGGGAUGUAUUUUUAGCUGUUAAUUCAGGCACUCAAUUAAAAGGAUUUGCUGCAACAAGAAUGGUGAGGCCUUUGGAGACCUGGAUAGAAUGACCUAAUCUUAAAGAUGUCUUCCAGUUGCAAGGAAGGAAAUAGUUGGCUAGAAGCUGUAUAAGAGAGAGGAAUGCUCUAAAAAUCCUUUUCUCUAUUUAAUCAGAACUGGACAAGAUGAUAAAUGGAGAGCAACUGGACACAGUGCAAGUAUUUGGACUGGCAUUCUUUAUAAGAAGACAUCUUGUAACAGCCUUCACAGUUUGCAGUUUUCAAAAUCAAGAGUUAAAAAAAAUCUUUACUCUUAGUUUGGGACUUGUUUCUCAUUAAAGUAGAGCAAUCUAAAACUGGAGGGUCAUAAAUAGGGACUUUUUAUGACCCUGUGGUCCCUAUUCAGGGAAGAGUCACGGCUACUGGAUCCAGCUGAGUGUUUACUGGCCGUUUAUAGCUGCUUAACUAGAUUAGGCAAAAGAUGCUAAUUUGCACCAAAUCUAACUCAAUGAUCUAUCAGAUUGCCAUGAAAGUGCAACUCUCUCUUAAAACCAGGAAACAUUGGAAUCCAGCACUGUUAAUGUCAGAGCAGAUGGAGCAAAGGAAGAGAAUUAGCAUCUUUGAUGGAAUUGACUCCACGGAUGAGAGAAAUAGAAUAGUGAGGAACAAUGCUGUAAAGAAGAGAGUAAAGAAAAUCCAGUUUGAUCCUAACCUCAUACUCCUGGAUGGGGAAGUAUUUUAAAAUGUGUGGAUUAUUACUUCACAAAUGAAACAUUUACAGGGGACUAAGAGAUUAAGAUGCUGAGCUUGUCGAUCGAAAGGUCAGCAGUUCAGCAGAAUCCCUAGUGCCGCGUAAUGGGGUAACGGGGUAAGGUCCCAUUACCUGUCCUAGAUUCUGCCAACCUAGGUCUGCCAACCUAGCAGUUCGAAAGCACAUAAAAAAUGCAAGUAGAAAAAUAGGGACCACUUUGGUGGGAAGGUAACAGUGUUCCGUGCGCCUUUGGCAUUCAGUCAUGCCGGCCACAUGAUCACAGAGACGUCUUUGGACAACCCUGGCUCUUUGGCUUUGAAACGGAGAUGAGCACCGUCCCCUAGAGUCGGGAACAACUAGCACAUAUGUGCGAAGGGAACCUUUACCUUUACCUUUACCUAAGGGACAUUUAUGGAAAGGGAAAAAAGCUGGAAAAAUUUAGAAAUCAUAAUAAAUGGGACACUUCUAAAAUAUACACAAUUAAAAAUAUACUUUUUGGAAUUAUCCAAGGCUCCCAAUAUUACAUUCAAGCAAUAAUUUUCCUAUUAGAUUAUUUCUAAAAUGCUUUUUGUCUUCAAAAGUCACACCAACUGGACUUUUUGCUCCUUCACACAAGGUUUGCUCCUUUUCUGGACUCCUACUAGAUGACUAGCCAGUAUCUCUAUUAUUUCAUAUGGGCAAUCUAUAUAAUGUACAUGGUCCAGGAAAAAGUUUACAAGUUUGAAGUUUAAGUUUACAAAUUUAGAAGAAUAUUGACCUAAAAGAGCUGGAAUCCCCAACAUUGAUCAAAACUAAUAAAUCUCCUCCACAAUCUUUGUUCUUUUCCUAGUACCAGGGAAUUUUCUCAAAUAUCAGAAAUCCAUUUUGGUUUCCCACAUGUUUAGAAAACCACCUCACAAAUCCUGGUUCUUAUAGAGUCCUAUUCAAUUCAUUAGAAAGGCUAUGACCAUUCAUACAGUACAAUUUUAACUUGUUGAUAGUGACAGAGAUGAUGGGUUAUUUUAGGGAAAUAUUGAAUAAGAUGGUUUAGUUUUUGGAAGAUAGGAAACACAUCCAACAGUACUUCAGUGAAAGCCACAAAAUGCUUUCUUCACAUGCAAAUAUAGAUACAUUAUGACUCAUUCUCUAUUUGAAGCAAUAGACACAAUAAGUACCAAUGGUUUUCUCAAAAGGUAGAUUGAAUCUACAAUUUGAAUUAUGGCAAGGAGCAUAAAAAGUUGACCCUAUUGAGGUACGUGUAAUGCAAUCCUUUGUUUCAUUGUGUUCAAUGUCUUAUCUACCAGUAACCUAAUGAAAGGUAAGGUCUUCAGCCCUUGCUUCUUCUCACUAUGUAACACUUCUACAAUUACUUCUUAGUAUUGUUAACACAAAGAUCAAUGUUUAAGGGGGGGGGGUGUCUGCAUAUUUUGGGUUUCUGUAUGUGCUUUCAAGCCAAUGUUUGACAAUUGGCAAUUGACUGGAUAGUCCUUUUUGGCAAGGUUUUUUAGUAGUUCACCAUUAGCUUUUUCCUAGGAUUGAGAGAAUAACUGACCUAGGUUCAUCCAGCUGGCUUCAUGCCAAAGGCAGGGUUAAGAAUUCACCAUCUCUCAGUUUCUAGUCUGGUGCCUCAAUCAUUAUACCAUCUGAUUCCAGAGGAAUGAGUGCAAGAGUAAUAGAAUGAGGAUAUUAAGAUAAUUCAUGAUCAAGUUACUAAGUAAAUAACAUUCCAACUUUAUUUUUGCAUCCUUGAUUUCACUUGUUUUGAUUUUAAGUUACAGGUCCCUCCUUACCAUCUGCUGUGCUGUCUCAAUGUGGUGGUGCUUUUUCUGGAAGGGAUGAGCAAAGAACCCUGGGAAUAUAUGCCAAUACAUAAUUCCACCAAAGUCACCCAAGGUGUGAAGGUCAUUCCUGGCCAGCUAAAGGAAGUAGGCAGUUCAUUGGUCAGCAACCGUUUAGGAAAAUAUUAGAAGUUGAAAGUUACUUUAGUGACAAUGGCGAAGGCAUAAUUUCAUAUUGUGCAGAAGGCAAUAGGAAACUAUUUCUGUAUUUAUAUAAAAAAACCAUAUGGAUAGAAAAUAAUGUGAUUGACAAUAUUUUGUCUGGUGAUGGGCUCCUCAGUUCAGAUAGCACUCAACAAGCCACUGAGGAAGGGGUUUUUUAAAGACUUGGCUAAUUGGAUAUCUAGUGGCUAAUAUUUCCAUGCAGGAAAAGAAAACCUGAAUCUACAAAUACAAAAUUACCGCCAAGCCUGGAAUGUAAGACACAUGAACAUGGAAAAGUUUGGCACAGUAAAAUAUGAAAUGAAUCAACUAUAUGGUGACAUAUAGCAAAUUGAGAUGGUCUACAAUUGGGACACUUUGAAUUAGAAGAUCGUAAUUUUUACUACUCAGGACAUGAAAAACAAGAAGGAACAGCAUUGCUAUCAUAGUUAUGAAGGAUAUACUAAGGGUAUACUACGAACUGUAUUUGUCUUCAAUGUAAUCAAUGACCAAAUAAUAUCAAUUAAACCCCAGGGACAACCAUUUAAUAUGAUUAUCCCAAUUUAUGCUUUAGCCACUAAUGCAGAAGAAGAAAAGCUACAGUAAUUAAAAUGAAAGAAUGGUGAAAAAGUGAAAACAAGGGACUAAAUUAAAUAAAAAGAAGACCAUGCUAAUAACAACAGGUAUAGCAACUGUCUUGGAACUGACAACGAAAACAAAGAAGUAUUGGAUAGGUUCUGCUUUUUAGAAUCAAUUAUCAACAGUAAAAGAACCUGCAAUCAGCAUAUAUGCUUUAAACUAACAUUUGGUAGCAUAGCAACGAAGGCCUUGGAAAGAUUUUCAGAUGCGCCUGUAACUAUAAAAAUUAGAAUUGUGCAAGUAUUUUUUUUCCUGUGAUGGUUACAAGCAAAACUGGAGUUUGAACCAGUAGGAUAGAAUGAGUAUUGACAAUUUUGAAGUUUGGUUUUGGAAGAACUUCUGAAAAUACCACAGAUAAUAAUAAUAAUAAAAAAAACAAAUGGAUCAUUAAACAAGUCAAAACAGAGUCCUCACUUGAGGUUUAAACCGUCAUACUUUGGAUAUAUUAUACAAAGACCAGAUCUGUAAUGCUGGCAAAGAUGGAAACAAAAAGCCAAACAAAUGAUGACCAGAAGCAAGGUGAGUGGACUUAAAUACAAUGGUGAUGGGUAUCCUCUUGGAUGACCUGAGUGGCCAAGUUGGGGACAGAUCCUCCUGGGGGAAAAAAAAAUUAUCUAUGGAAUUGCAACAACAACUUAAUAGCACUUAACCAACCAAUCAAAAGAUACAGAGUCAUGUUGCCUCCUUUAAAGGUCUUUCCUAUUGUAAGAGUCAUUAUGAUACCCAUUGCCUCACUAUACCUUCUCAACCUGUUUGCCAUUAGGUGAAACAAAGGUAAUCAAAGUUAACAAACUGGCAGCCCGCUGGCCAGAUGUGUCAUGCGCAGACCACAUCAUCUCAGCAAAGGGAAAAAAAACAUUGCGAUACAUCAUAUAAUGGCAACAUGACAUGGUGAGUUUGAAACCCAUGACAUAGGGAUUCCCAUGUUUGACAUUCUUCCAUUAUUUCGCUGAUACUUCUUAACAGACCUGUAACUAUUUAUUUAUUUUUAUUUAUUUAUUUAUUUUGUCACAACAAUAUAUGUAGGAAUCAUACAAAAGAUUAUAUAGUAUAUAAACAUAUAUGGGUAAAUAUAAGGAGGUAUAAGCAUAUAUAUAGAAAGAAGAAAAGAAAAACAAUAGGACAGGAACGGUAGGCACGUUUGUGCGCUUAUGCACGCCCCUUAUGGUCCUCUUAGGAAUGGGGUGAGUCAAUAGUAGAAAGUUUUUGGAUAAAGCUUUUAGGAUUAUGGGAAGAGACCACAGAGUCAGGUAAAGUGUUCCAAGCACUGAUGAUUCUGUUACAGAAGUCAUAUUUUCUGCAAACUAGAUUAAAGCGGUUGACAUUAAGCGGUUGACAUUAAGCGGUUGACAUAAAGGUAAAGGUUCCCCUCGCACAUACGUACUAGUCAUUCCUGACUCUAGGGGGCAGUGCUCAUCUCCGUUUCAAAGCUGAAAAGCCAGCACUGUUCGAAGAUGUCUCUGUGGUCAUGUGGCUGGCAUGACCCAACAUCAAAGGCGUACAGAACACUGUUACCUUCCCACCAAAGGUGGUCCCUAUUUUUCGACUUGCAUUUUUUACGUGCUUUCGAACUGCUAGAUUGGCAGAAGCUGGGACAAGUAACGGGAGCUCACCCUGUUAUGCAGCACUAGGGAUUCGAACCACUGAACUGCUGAUCUUUCGAUUGUCAAGCUCAGCGUCUUACCCACUAAACCAGUCUCUCAGUCUGGUUCAGUAGGAAUCACAAUCAUGGGAAAGACUGCUGACCUGACAGUUGUGCAGAAAACCAUUGACACCCUCUAUAAGGAGGGAAAGUCUCAAAAGGUAAUUGCAAAAGAAGUUGGAUGUUCCCAAAGUGCUGUAUCAAAGCAUAUUAAUGGAAAGUUAUGUGGAAGGGAAAAGUGUGGAAGAAAAAGGUGCACAAGCAGCAGGGAUGACUGCAGCCUGGAGGAUUGUCAGGAAAAGGCCAUUCAAAAGUGCUGGGGAUUUUCACAAGAAGUGGACUGAGGCAGGAGUCAGUGCAUCAAGAGCCACCACACACAGACGGAUCCUGGACAUGGGCUUCAAAUGUCGUAUGCCUCUUAUCAAGCCGCUCCUGAACAACAAACAUCAGAAGCGUCUUACCUGGGCUAAAGAAAAAAAGAACUGAUCUGUUGCUCAGUGGUCCAAAGUCCUCUUUUCUGAUGAGAGCAACUUUUGCAUCUCAUUUGGAAACCAAGGACCCAGAGUCUGGAGGAAGAAUGGAGAGGCACACACUGCAAGAUGCUAGAAGUCCAAUGUGAAGUUUCCACAGUCUGUGUUGAUUUGGGGAGCCAUGUCAUCUGCUGGUGUUGGUCCACUGUGCUUCAUUAAAUUCAGGGUCAAUGCAGCUGUCUACCAGGAGAUUUUGGAGCACUUCAUGCUUCCUUCCACAGAUGAGGUUUAUGGGGAUGCUGACUUCAUUUUCCAGCAGGACUUGGAACCUACCCACACUGCCAAAAGUACCAAAACCUGGUUCAAUGCCCAUGGGAUUACUGCGCUUGAUUAGCCAGCAAACUCACCUGACCUGAACCCCAUAGAGAAUCUAUGGGGCAUUGCCAAGAGAAAGAUGAGAGACAUGAGACCGAACAAUGCAGAAGAGCUGAAGGCCGCUAUUGAAGCAUCCUGGUCUUCCAUAACACCUCAGCAGUGCCACAGGCUGAUAGCAUCCAUGUCACUCUGCAUUGAGGCUGUAAUUGAUGCAAAAGGGGCCCAAACCAAGUACUGAGUACAUAUGCACGCUUUUACUUUUCAGAGGUCCAGUAUUGUUCUAUGUAUAAUCCUUGUUUUAUUGAUUUCAUGUAAUAUUCUAAUUUUCUGAGAUUGUGAAUUUGGAAUUUUCAUGAGCUGUCAGCCAUAAUCAUCAAAAUUAUGAUAAAUCAAGGCUUGAACUAUCUCACUUUGCAUGUAAUGAGUCUAUCUCAUAUAUUAGUUUCACCUUUUAAGUUGCAUUACUGAAAUAAAUGGA